AUGGCCACAUCUGGAAGGAUCAGUUUUACAGUGAGGAGCAUUUUGGAUUUACCAGAGCAGGAUGCUAAUAGCAUAAAGCAAGCUUCUGACCAUCGCCACUCAGCGGAGAACUACACCGGAUCGCCGUAUCGAGGGUGGAUAGAAACAGACAGGAAUCACUAUCCCUCUUCCGACGAGAGCGGCCCGGAGAUGAGCUUGCCCGACUCCACCCAAAGGUCGCUCCCCGCCCGCGGCUCGGAGGCCGAGGAGAAGAAGAAGAAGCGGCGGGUGCUCUUCUCCAAGGCGCAGACGCUGGAGUUGGAGCGGAGGUUCCGGCAGCAGCGAUACCUUUCGGCGCCCGAGCGGGAGCAGCUGGCCCGGCUGCUCAGCCUCACCCCCACACAGGUGAAGAUCUGGUUCCAGAACCACCGCUACAAGAUGAAGCGGGCGCGGAGCGAGGGCGCCGGCAGCCCCCAGCCGCGCCCGCCGGCCCUGCUGCGCCGGGUGGUGGUGCCGGUCCUGGUGCGGGACGGGGAGCCCUGCCGCGGCUGCCCCGCCAGUCCACCGGCUCCCACAGCGCGCCCCAAGCUGGGCUGCGCCCUGGCGGGAUGCAGCGCCCAGGCCGCCCUCGCCCUGCAGGGCUACCGAGCCUGCCCGCCCGCCGCCGCCCUCGGCGUCUUCCCCGCGUACCAGCACUUAGCGCACCCCGCCGUCGUCUCCUGGGGAUGGUGA